AUGGGUAAGCCUGCCCGCAGAAAUGCAUGCGGCAAGACCAAGGGAGAAGCUGGUGUGAGAAGGGCAGGGAAGGUGCCGAUAAGAAAAGGUAGGAAGCAACAGAAGGGAUUGAGUGGUGCUGCCGAUAAUGUUGGUGGCGGUGGCGGUGGUGGUGGUGGUGGUGCUGCUGCCGCUACUGUUACUCCUGUUACUCCUGCUACUGCUGCUACUGCUGCUACUGCUGCUGCUGUCGGCAGGGGUGGUAACGGCAGUGCAGCAGCAGUGGAGUAUGGAUGGGGUAACCCCUUAGCCCUGCAAGCCCUGCGACGGAAAGAGGCUGAGAGGAAGAAGCAGAGGAGGGUGGCUGCUGCUAGCGGCGCAGGUACCACUGGUGGUGGUGGGAGUGAGCGUGUAGGUUAUGGUCUUACCAGCAGCAGGAAUGCUAAGGGGCGGCCUGGGUUGCAAGGGAGAGAUAAUUUUGUUCGCCUGAAUAUCAAUGGUAGAGGGGGUAAGAAGAGGUUCGGGAAUGGUACCAAGACGAGCAGGUUCGGGAGUAGGAAUGGUGGAGGGAGUAGGUUUGGGAGGUUCCGUGGUGGGUAUGGAGGGGGGAGGAGGAAGGGGGGUUACAGGAAAAAUGGGAAGGGAGGGGGGGCGGGGGAAGGGGGAGAGUGUGGGAUGGGCUUGGGUGGAUGGAUGGAUGAUGGUGCGAUGAUGGGGUUGGAAGGGGCAGGAGAGAAAGGAGAGAGGGGAGAGGCCAGGGAGGGAGGGGCAGCCCUCAAAGUGCGUCAAAUGGAGAAUGAGAGGACGGUGGGGAGAGUGGGAGGAGUGGCACGGAGCGACAGAGGUAACGGGGUGUAUGGGAAAGGGAGCCAGGAUGAGAAGCAGGAGAAAGAGGCGGGGAAGGAGGAGGAGGAGGAAGAGGAGGUCGAGGAGAUGGAAGGGGGGGAUGACCAGGGCGAGGAGGAGAAAGCCACACAGGGCAAGAGACGAGUACAGAAGAAGAGGAAAAGCGAGGACACAGGAGCGGGAGAAGAGGAGGAGAUGAGUGAGAGGGCUGAGAGAGUGGAGAGAGCUGGGAUGGUGGAGGCAGCUGGAAGGGACCCUUCGGAGGGCAAUCUGUUGAGGGUGCUGCGGAACGUGUUUGGCUUCGAUCGGUUCCGCGAUGGACAGGUGGCGGCCAUCCAACGGGUGCUGCGCGGCCAAUCAACGCUCCUCGUGCUGCCAACUGGCGCUGGGAAGUCGCUCUGCUACCAGCUCCCAGCCUUCCUCCUCCUCGGCCCCGCUAGUGGCGUUAAUGCAAGACCAGCUGGCACACCUGCCGCUGUGCCUUGUCUUGUGCUCCCUUUGACACCCACUCAAAUCCCCCACAAACCCCGCAACCCCACUCCUCUCCCUCGCAGCUCCCAGCCUUCCUCCUCCCUGGUCUGGUGCUAG